GUUCGAUACGUGUUUACGUAAGAGACGUCCUCACUAGUGAUAAUACGUAAAUUCCAAAAGACAGGAAGUGUGAUGUGGCUUUGAUUGCUAUCAAAAUGUCAGCCAUUUUCAACUUCCAGUCACUGCUAACCGUGAUUCUCCUGCUGAUCUGUACCUGUGCCUACAUCAGAGCGCUCGCUCCCAGCCUGUUGGACAAGAAUAAAACCGGACUCCUAGGAAUUUUCUGGAAAUGUGCCAGAAUAGGUGAGCGGAAGAGUCCCUGGGUGGCCUGCUGCUGUGUCAUCAUGGCGUUCAGUAUACUGUUCCUACAAUAGCGCAGCGGCCGGUACAAUUACAAAUGGAACAAUGAAGACAUGGACAAGAAAUGAGGCAUGGACUGUAUGUUCCUAGAAAGGACUUCCAUUGGCUGUCACUUAGAUAAUGUGUUAAAAUUACAAAAAGAUAAAGCCUAAUUUUAACAUGUCGUAACCACGGAGACACAGAAUGUGUGUGUGAUAGCACAGGGGUGUGCUGAUAGUCCCGGUCUGUCUAAUCCUCUCUGCAGAGCUCCAGAUUUGGGUCUGUGUUCACCUGAAAUGUUUACGACUCUGAUGCAGGUGCCUCCAUGAGGGGCGGGAAUCAGGAGUGGCUUUGCUUCUAUUAACAACUGUUUGUGGGAUAAAUUGAUACAUAGUUCGCCAAAGAAAAUUUGGCGAACUAUGUUUGUUUAUAAUUGCAACGAGCUUAAAUUUUACACAAAAAAAAGAAAUCCACAUAAAUUUCCAUACUUCCAAAAGUUUUUCAUGGUUUGUCUGGAUUCUUGUAUCUAAAGAAGUUGAACACAUUCAACACCAGUUUGCUUCUGUAGACAUGUCAAGUUUAUUCUUGUCUCUUAUUUUUUAAAAAUAACAUCACUCAGACUGCAGCUAUUUAAUUUAUAAAAACAGUUUUUUUUUAAAUACUUUAUUUUUGAUUAGUACUGUCUUUUAUCUUGGUUAUAUUCGUUGUAAUGUCACACAGUAAGGAGUGUUGUUAAUUCUCUAUAGACAAGGGAAAAUGCAUUUGCAAUAAAUCUUCUUUCAAUGUUGUUUCUUUAUGAAAUUAAUAGUACAGAAUAUGUCAUCCUACCUAGAUCUUUACAGGUGUUGAGUUCUUGUGUAAAUAUAGUCCUGCAGACUGUAGACUAUGGAAUAACAUUCUCUGUAAUCAUGGAGUCAGCACUCAUGUUCCCAAGGUUUACUGUAAGAGACAGAUAACUAUAUACAUUCCAUGGCGUCAGCAGACAUAUGUUAGGUUUUCAUUUAAAUCAGAAAAACCUUGAAGUUACAAUUACGUGGACAAAAUCUAGGUUACUGUGGAGUUCAUGCAGGUUGUUCUGGAAAUUGCGAUCACAUGUUGCUGCUGAUUUGAAUAAUCUUUAACUGUUUGACAGGAUAAGAGCAGAAUUCCCAGACAAUGUGACCACUGGAUUUUAAAUGCUGCUUUCAGCAAGCGAUUGCUCUAACAAAGUGGUGAAAAGCGAUGUUAUCAGAACAUGCUGCCUGAAUUAUUUUUGACCACAAAGUUCAACUAUUCUGGCCAAUGAUGGUGUGCAUGUCACACUUCUUUGCCUAAUCCGAUGGAUCUCAAACUGGAUUAAAAACUGAUUGUAAAGCCACAAAGCAACAGUAUAUGUUGAUUAAGCAAAGUGACCUUUGUUUAGUCAGAAACUACUGAAGUGAGGAGUACAGUGAAACCCAGUAAAGAUUUUACACAGAAAAUAGAAAAACUUUGUAUUUGCUCACUGAUAUCCUUUUUGACCUGGAAAUGUAUUUGACCCAGUCAAAAAUAAAAUGGUAUGAAACACUGAA